AUGGCCAUGUCAGAGAUACCGUAUGUUGCAGAUGAGAUCCGUACCGGGACCUACAGAUCGCUAUUCCAUCCAGAACAACUUAUCACCGGUAAGGAGGAUGCCGCUAACAACUACGCUCGAGGACAUUACACCAUCGGAAAGGAGAUCAUCGACCUCACCUUGGAUCGUAUCCGCCGCCUCGCUGACAACUGCACCGGACUCCAGGGUUUCCUUGUGUUCCACUCGUUCGGUGGCGGUACUGGCUCUGGAUUCACAUCACUUCUUAUGGAAAGACUCUCGGUUGACUACGGAAAGAAGGCAAAACUAGAAUUUUCUGUUUAUCCAGCUCCACAGGUGUCGACAGCCGUUGUCGAGCCGUACAACUCGAUCCUUACCACGCAUACCACCCUUGUAUAUUCGGACUGUUCGUUCGACAACGAGGCUAUCUACGACAUUUGCCGACGAAAUCUUGACAUCGAACGACCCAGCUACACCAACUUGAACCGACUCAUUGGUCAAAUCGUCUCGUCGAUCACCGCUUCUCUACGUUUUGAUGGAGCUCUGAAUGUGGAUCUAACCGAAUUCCAGACCAAUCUUGUACCGUACCCUCGCAUCCAUUUCCCGCUUGCAACUUUCUCACCAGUAAUUUCUGCUGAAAAGGCUUAUCAUGAGCAGCUAUCAGUCGCCGAAAUCACCAACAUGUGCUUUCGAACCGCAUAA